AUGUCUGUGUGGGUGGGCAGUGGCUGUGGCGGCGAAGUCUGCGCGCCGCCAGGUGCCACUGUCCUUUCUACUAACACUUCUAUGGAGUCCGGUAUUGAGGCCGGGGUUCUGCCCACGGUUACUGGAUCCUUGGCCUCGGCCCGGGACUCACUGGGAUCUCUCUCUCGAGCGGCCGAACAUUUGUAUGAUACUGAUCACACGGAUCUUGGAAGCGAGCUUGAUGAAGCGGAAAUACGACGGGAGUUGAUGCACGAUUUCGAUCCGGAGGGUUUCGGCGAGAUUCCGUGGCCCGAUUUCCUUCAGACCCUCCAGCAUCCCGAUUUUAUAGCGCAGGUGCCACAUCACAAACGUGAGAUUCUCUUGGACAAAGCGACGAGCGCCACGAGUCCGUCCAUUACCUUCCAAGAAUUUGUUAACGUGGUGAGUAGAUUAGCUUAA